AUAAAUAUCCAUGUGUAAUCAAUGAGUCUUACACAUCACACAAUUAUUUGGAAGGAAAUUAAAUAAAAGCAAUGGAGGGAAAGAGUAUGCUCAAGUUAUCUCAUGUCCUUGCUUUCUUGCUUCUUGCAUCACUUUUUCAAUCACUGAUGGCAAGAGAUUUGAUCAGUGAUGGCAUAGAAGUAGUGCAACUUCCAGUGGAAAAUGAUGGCGAAUUUGAAUUUUGCCCAGGUAAGCAAUCAUGGCCUGAACUUGUUGGAAAGUCAGCAGGAUAUGCAAAACAAGUAAUUCAGAAGGAAAAUCCCAUAGUUACUCGAUUUACGCUUCUAUUUCCUGGUAUGCCUAAGCCAGCAGCAUAUAUUUGUGGUAGAGUUUAUUUGGCUGUUGACUGGAAACUCAUUGUUCAAGUUACUCCCACUAUGGGUUAGUAACAUUAUUAUGUUAUGUUAUCAAAAUUAAAUAAAGUGGAGAUAAGUCUCUUCAUGUACUCUACUAUUUCAACAUUAUCUACCCUUAUUAGUAUUGUAUUGUUAUUAUCUACCCUUAUUAUUUUCUUUUA